AUGAAGCAAACUUCAUUCUUUCAAAUUGCGGCUACCCUCCUAACCUUAGUGGCAGUGAAGUGCGUUCCAGCAUCCAAACAAGCUGCUUCUCCCUCCGCGCCCGGCACAGAGCUAGGCCGUGGUGGUGGUGGUAAUAAUCUGUUACAAACGAUGGGACCGGUUCAAGAAUCUAACUGUCGCGGAAAUAAAAUGACCUGGACGAAAAGCAAAGCUAAUUGGGAAAAGUUACAGCUCGCUAAAAACUUGAACCUUUACCAGAACGUCUGGCAAGCUAAGAAGGUCACGGAUCCGGCGAUGAGUGAUAUCACUUGUAACUCCUUCAACCAGGGCGCUUUGUCUUGGCAAACCAAAUUCAGUAUGCCUUGUAAUCCGCAAGACAACAACCAGGUCAAAACAUACACCAACGUAGCUUGGGCUGGGACUCCGGUCGCAAUCAAGGCUGCCAAGGUAUUCACCACCGCUUGGGAUUGGAAGUUUACCGAAGAAUCAGCAGACCUCGUUUUGGAUGUCGACCCUAACUGCAGAAGUCAAGAUUGUGCCUCGAGGGAGGUUAUGGUCUGGUUAGGAUCACUAGGCAAGGCGAGGCCCGCCGGGGCCCGAGUUCCGGUGAAUGGCAGCCCAACCGGCACGAUCAAAUCUGGUGGAAAGUACGAAUUCCAAGUCUGGAAAGGCGUCGUCAACGUGCCGGUUAUCUCCAUCUUCCCAGCUGAGGAGGGCCGCCGAUUCACUUCCUUCAGUGGAGACCUCAAGAAGUUACUUCAAUCUCUUGCGCCCUUCGGCGUUAGUCAAGAUGAGUAUAUUCUCAGCGUCGGUGCCGGAAUUGAAAUCUUCAAGGGAAAGGGAACAUUCGUCACCUCCAAAUACACCAUCAAUCUAUACUAAAUAAGUAAAAAAACACUCUCAGGAAGAAAACGAACCGCAUUGUAUAUAUUUACUGAACUGCGUUCGGCGAACUUACUUCGCUUCGGGUCUGAUUUCUCUCUUUUUUCGUUUUUCGUUUUUCGUU